GCCGAAGCGAACCAACCUGCAUCAAUAUUUUUAUUUCCCUCUAAUCUUCAACUCAAGUCGACCUAGAACUUCUUGGGUCUUGAUCGCAUCAUUUCAUCACAGAAUGCUUCGAUAUUUCUCGCGGGAUACGGUCAGUCAAUAGGGAGGCUGAGGUAUCCGGGGUUUUAUGACUUCGUUAUCUGUUGGGAAGAAAAGAUGUCUACGACAUUGGGAAAAAGAAAGCGCGAAGUUGUGGUCGCAACUCGACACAGACGGCGCAGUAGCAGCGACGACGGCGACGACCAGCACAAUGCGAUACCUCCCGAAACCGAGCGAGACAUCUUCAAGAAGUACUUCGAGUCUACCUUUGAACCACUGCCGGAAUCCCCAACGGUCUUACCUCCACCGUCGGACGAGGACGAGGGUGAGGAUGACGACGGCAGUGACGACCCCUCGUCAAGGGAAGAUGAGGAUUGGGAGGGUCUCUCGGGAUCAGAACAUGAAGAAGGGCCUACAACAGUCGAAGUGGUUGAACAUUGGAAAGCUACGAACGACUCGGAAGACGCCGAGUUCCGGCGCCUACAAUACAAGACAUUCAUGAGUUCGAAACCUCCCAAGGAAGUGGAGCAGACUACAAAGAAAAAGCCCAAACAACAACCCGAGGAGGAAGAUCAGUCUGAGGCAUUGAAUCUGAAACACGACCUCGACCUUCAACGCCUUCUCAAGGAGUCACAUUUGUUGGAGGAGGCAAAAGCAUCGUCUACGCUCGGGGCGCAUCGCCACAAGGCACUUGACAUGCGAUUACAAUCACUUGGAUCCAAGGGGUCGCUUUUUCAGCAGGAGAAAAUGCCUCUGACACACCGAAAGGGGAUCCUUGCCAAAGCCGCCUCCCGGGAGGCAUUCCGAAGACAGGAGGCACGAGAGAACGGCAUUAUCCUGGAGAGACCGUCGGGCAAGGCCAAAUCCAGUCAAAGUCGAAGGGAGCGUGGCGUAGAUGUGCCAGCAGUGGGGAAAUUCCGUGGCGGCACUCUGAAACUCACUAAGAAAGAUGUCGUCAAUAUCCAGGGCGCCGGUCACUCUGGCGGUCGAGGGUCAAAGGGCCGGCGACGGUGAAACCUGCAAUGGGCUUUGAGACACUUUCUGUCCUCUUUCAUCACAUCUGCUCUAGCAUAUCUGCACUUUGCGCGGAAGCUAACAAGAGCACUUCGCAGAGGUCGUCCCGAGGCACACCGCUUGGCCGGGCCAUGAAGGCUCCGUGGGUUGAGAGAGUGUCAAUGAGGUGAGAAAGAAGAAAAAUCAGGAGUCCAAGAUCGACUUGGUUUUCAAGACUUGCACUUCUUAGGGCAGUGCAUUUCGAUCUUUUCACAGUCCGGGAGAACCUUGUACAACUACCCGUUACCUACGGUAGGUGAUCCCUUCACAAGUCUAAACGGUCUCUGACCCGGUCUUGGCCCUUGGGCGCCAAUACCUGCAAAAAUCACUCCGUUUCAAGCCUUGCAAGAAGCGAGGACCUGCUCAAGCAUCUCGUGAAUUGUCGAGAGUGUCACCAACAGGUCUCAGAUUGCUGAGUGGUCCCGCCUACAAAAGACCUGAAUUACAAGCACAAGUGCUCGGAAAUCCUGCGACCUGCGACCGAUAAGUAUGGGGUUAUGCUACAAAAUGUCCUCGAGAAGAUUCUUAUGGUGGCCGAAUGGUCAUCGUUCCAGAGCCGACCAACGGGAACCAGCUUAUCAGCCUCGUUCUGUCCCAGGAUCUGUCGAAGGACGCCUUCCCAUACCGAGCAGUCAACUCGCCUUGCAGCACUCGCCACGAGACAGGGCUGGAUCUCCAAACAGCUGCAAGACCCGCAAGACGUCACCUUUCAUGUCGUUGUUCCGCCGGGGCCGAAACAGUGGAAUGUCUUGGCGACUGUCCUCGUGCGAAGACAUCCGAAGACGAGAGGAAAUGACUAGCCAUACUGCCACUUGCGCCCCGAUCUUGGUAGAGAACGAAUGUGGUAACGGCCUCAGAGAGUCUAGUCCAGUCUGAAAGGCUGGGAAAUCAUGUGGGAGCAGGGCGAGCGAGCUGUGCCCUACCUAGUGCCGAAUUGUGGGUAUUGGUAAACACUCGUAGAAGGCAGGAUAGCAUUACCUCAUGGGAAUAGCGGAUUGGAAGUGGAUGAAGUUGGUGAAACACCUCUCACAAGUCGUGCUUCAUGUUGUUGAAGUCGUUGUUCUGAGAUCUUGGCGAUUUCAGGUUCAAGCUGUUGAUGACCAGCUGCCAGUGCCGCAGGAGUCUGCUGAACGGCCCUGUCACGUGCUGUACCCUGAAGCUUGAUGUGUCUUGUCCCCUGUUCAGGCCGCCAGGCACAGAAGUCGAUCACUCUCGUCAACCAAUCUUCACCAACAAAGCCACAUGCUACAGCUGGAAGCAUCUGCAUCUCCGAAGAGAGGUUUACAACCCCCAACCCAGAGCGCCAAGUUGGCCUCCAUCUCGCUACGAUCCCGUGAGAGGUAAAGGCCAUCGCCGAAUUCGAGUCAGCCUGCGCUGGUGUGGAAAUUUCCUCUCGCGAUCCCUCUAGCCGACGCUCGGCUCCCAUUUCAUAGCACGGCUGAUUUUGCACCGUCAAUAGCAAUUUGAAGAACUACACCUGAAGUGGCAAUGUGUUUUGAAUAACAAUCACGCUUAUGGCUGUGGCGGGGCUUCUGGUGUCAACCUGGAAGACUUCGGAGAUAUGCUGGUCACAUUGAUGAUGCAAAGAAAGGGGGCAAGCGAGUUGUCACCCUUGCCGCAUCGGAGACACAUUCUACAUUCUGCAAGGGCAGAUUGCCGUGUAGACGCUACGGCUCGCAGGCGAAAACUUCUCCAGGUUUGCUAGGACGAAGCCUGGGUGAAUUGAAGUAAGGUCAUAACAUACUUUGACUAAUUGCUGAGCACGGAUGACAAGAGCCAUCCCAAUGGCCACAUGGUGGUCAACUCGAAACCAGGCGCCCAUUUGCGCCGUCUGUUUGAGAUUUGUUUCUGAUGAGCAUCCAGAGGCUGCUGGCUGGCAUAGGGCCUGGGAAGGCGUUCAUUUUUGGCGCCAGAGCGGCCCGGAAGCACUGACAGACCCGUCCAGCCGCCAACUGCAGGCUAUUCGUGCAACAGGCUCCGCUGCUCCUCAGCCACUCGUUUCAGCAACAUCCUGCCCACCUGCCACACCUCAAGCAACUUCAGGCCCAAGCCUCGGUCAGAGUUCACAGUCCAUAGAUCCAGCAAAAACGCUGACCAGACUGUAGGGGGAUCCAUGCGUCGAUGCCGCUUUCAAAAUCAAAAUAGCAAUUCGAGGUGUGGAUGACAGCCAUGGUCGGCGGUUUGUCUAGACCCCUUUGUGGUAUGCUAGUCACAGUAUUCUAGCCUCUUCAGCCGCCGAAACGAAAUGAGAGAUGUAUUGGCUUUGGUCAAUGCUACACAGCACUCUGUCCAGCAUGGAUAGCAGCAGUCGACCAGUAUUGGCUGGCCGCUUAUGCUGUCAGGGUCCUACAUGCGCCGUCCCUGGGUACCUCGUCUUCCGAGAGAAUGAAUCCGCCAUGGUCAAUGUAGAAUUCCAGAGUUAGAGGCAGAAUGUGUGUCAACAGUCGAUCACAAUGCCCCUCAACCAAGCACCGAGGAAUCGGAGUUGGACAUCCCGGGGAGACGAGUGCUGGCCUGGCGAAGCGAGGUCUGUAGAGCGAACAGACUCUUCCCGGCUCGUCCCUGAUACAAUGUACUAGUACUGUUAGGUAUGCCAUGCCUACGUUGAUACUUGACCAGAGCUUGAAGUUACAGAAAUCUGAGAAAAGUGGAGAGCACUACAGGAUAGCAUCAGGUGGGACAAACGGGAAUGCCCAGCAGCUGGCGGCUAAGCCACAAAGGCAGAUGGACGAGCGAGGGGAAGGGGCCAUGUUUCUUUCAUCAUGAUUGAGGAACUGGAGGAGACGAGAGGAUACCCUUCACAGCGGUCAGAUAGACCUGGCACGAGACGAGGUAUAGCCGUGGCGGUCCUUUUUAUGCGAUCUUCUACAACAUUGUAGGCACCACCAAGAUAUGAUUUGACGCACCUUAUUGC